CUUCUCCCCGGAGAAGAGGAAAGCCAUCUCGGAUGUCAGGAGGACUUUCUGCCUCUUUGUCACCUUCGACCUGCUGUUUGUGUCUCUGCUGUGGAUAAUUGAGCUGAAUCAGAUCAGAACCUUUCCCCCGAUACCUCACACGGCCUGCUUUAUAUGCAAGAUCACAAUUCUAUAUCAAUGCGGAACAUGGAGGUUACAGGGCACUCCCCCGAGGUACAGAAUGUCACAGUGACCUUGCUUGUGAUAUUAAUAAGUGGUCAGAAAAGCAGCAUCUCAACAGCUUUGGUGCUACCAUCCCAGCUGGAAAAGAGCCUGGUUUGAGAUCCUGUGGAUAGCUGCAUUGCUCAGUCUGAGCAGCGGGUCUGUUCUGACCAACCUCCUCCAGUGCGUCCCCCUUAGUAAAGGGGAACUGAUGAACUUUUUGCGAGCCGCUGCCUGUCUCCUGUGUUGUGGUGUUCCCUGCCGGGUGAAGGGGGAUGUUGCAUUUUGCAGGGAGAGACUUCUUGCUUACACAUUUGCGACUGGGCUUUGAAGCUGCAUGUGCUGCUGUUCUAUCCUGUUAUGGUAGGAGCAGAAAGGAGAUGAUCAGAGAUGCAUCUCCAAUUCUACGUGCAGCCCUCACCAGUCUGGCCUUAUUUAUUAUGACUGGAUCCCCGAGGAUAUAUCAGCUAUUAUCUUCAUGUCCUGUUUACCUCGUUCAGAGUCUGCACUUAACAGUUUGUCUCAGUCCGCAGUUCAGUUCACACCACCCCCCAGAAAUGACGUGAGUAGUACUGAGGGUCUGUCUAGGAACCACAGGAGCAAGGAAAUUAACAGCCAGUGUUCCACUAGGGCCAAUGGGUUACUAUAGAAACCCCUUGUGGGACCUGUCCUCUUGUGAAUUCCCUUGACCCUGUGGGAUUGCCCUCCUCCAGGGCUGGUGGGAGAGGAAGGAGGGGUCUCUUGAAUUUUGAUUUGCAACGUGACUCAUGGAAAUAAAGCUAGUGUCCAAGCUACCAAAUUAUUUUUCAGGAUCCAGUUUUGCUCCCAGCUGUGUUAGCUUGUGAGUUGCCCUUAACUGAGACUAAAUGAUAACCUAUGGGCCUUGAGCCCAGGAGCUGUAUGUUUGAACGUGUUAAGAUGGCUCACUUGCACUGCUGUGAAAAUUACCAGGUUCGUGCAGUGACUCAUGCAUCUAAAACGCUCAAAUGGUUCUCACUCGCUUGUUGCAAUAUUGACAACUCAUUCAGUUCUCAUUAAGUGCACCAGUCACCUGCACACUUGAAUUGUCCAAGCACGUCCGUUUCUGAGUGAAAGGAACUCCCCAAACAGUCUUUUGUUUCUUCGGGGCAGCGGUGUUUGUUUAAACUUUCAUUUUUUUCCAAAAAAAGAACAGGAGGGCUUGUGGCACCUCGGAGACUAACACAUUUAUUUGCACGUAAGCUGUAGUGCUCCUUUUCUUUUUGCAAAUACAGACUAACACGGCUGCCACUCUGAAACCUACCAUUUUUUUCCAAGAAGUUUAGCCCAAAGCCCUCGUCCCUUCCCUCCUGUGGUGAGAUCUCCUGUCAAAUUCAAUCUUUGGUAUGAAUUUUUAAGCCGUUGCUCUGUGAAACCUGCUGGAUUGCCAGCCCGGGAGACAGAACUCCUCUCACCACAGAACAGAUACAGCAGCAGUGCAGAAUCACUGCUCUCCUCCCAUAUGCCCCAGCCCUGAUCUAUAGGGAACGCUUUUUGGUGGCUGCCUAGUCAGUCCUUGGCCUCUCCAGCAAAAGGGUACGCAUGACAGCAGCGGCUUUUAUGAUGCGAAUGGCUGUCCGCUAUGGACGAAGACCCACCAACUGGUUUCUCAUAGACCAUGAAACAGCUGUCAGAAUGUAACAACUUCCAGUCCAGCUGGGCUGUAUUCCACCCAAUAGCCUGAAGGUGAAAGGCUGGUUCCAAUUACCUGAACCAUCCAGUCCCUCAUAAGCCAAAGUUCCAAGCCUCUAAAAAUAGGAUUUGUGGUACAAAAAUCCCACUGGCAGGCCCUUAACUAUGCUCUGAAGCAGAGUUAUUUUGACACAAUAGAUGCUAGACCCUUAAUAGCAUUCCUGUACAGAACGAAUUGGCUUCCUUUUUUCCCCUCUGCCUCAAGCCACAGCACAUUUACCUGGGAGUUGACUGAUCAGUGCUAAUGUCGUCUUCCUUCUUUAGCCCUUUAGCGCUACGGGGUUAGGUCGAAUUUAGCCAUGUUAGGUCGAUUUUAAAAUGAAUGCAUCUACGCAACCAACCCCGUUCCAUCGACCUAAAGGGCUCUUAAAAUCGACUUCUGUACUCCUUCCCGGUGAGGGGAGUAGCGCUAAAAUUGACCUUGCUGUGUCAAAUUUGGGGUAGUGCAGACGCAAUUCAUCAGUAUUGGCCUCUGGGAGCUAUCCCAGAGUGCUCCAGUGUGACCGCUCUGUACGGCACUUUGAACUCCGAUGCACCAGGAACUUUUGAUUUAAUUUCCUAUUUGGUCAGCGUGGCUAGCUCAGCAGCACAGGUGACCAUGCAGUCUCCCCCAGAAUUGGAAACGAGCUCCAGCAUGGACUGAAAGGGAGACACUGGAUCUGAUUGCUCUAUAGGGAGAAGAAUCUGUGCAGGCCGAACUCUGAUCAAAAAGAAAUGCUAAUAUAUAUACCAAAAUCGCACAGGGCAUGGUGGAGAGAGGCUACAACAGGGACACACAGCAGUGCCACGUGAAAGUUAAGGAGCUCAGGCAAGCCUACCAAAAGACAAAGGAGGCAAAUGGUCGCUGCAGAUCAGAGCCCCAUACAUGCCGCUUCUAUGAUUAGCUGCAUGGCAUUCUAGGGGGGACCCUACCACUACCCCACCACUGUUCGUGGACACCUGCAAGGGGGAAGUCUCACACAACAGGGAGGAGGAUUUUGUGGAUGAGGAAGAGGAGGAGGAGGAGAAUGUGCAGCAGGCAAGCGGUGAAUCCGUUCUCCCCGGCAGCCAGGACCUUUUCAUCACUCUGGAGCCAAUACCCUCCCGAGGCGGGAUCCCCAACCCUGAAGCCGGAGAAGGCAGCUCUGACCAACAAUGGCAUUCAGAAGAACUUGGAAAUCGAAAUCAUUGAGUACCAGUUUAAAACCUCAUUCUUUGAUAUAUUUGUCUUGGCUUUUUUCCGGUUUUUUGUGUUACUUCUGGGCUAUGCACUCUUAAAACUGCGCCACUGGUGGGUCAUCGCGUUCACUACACUGGUGUCCAGUGCCUUCCUCAUCGUGAAGGUCAUCCUCUCGGAGCUGCUAGCCAAGGGAGCUUUUGGGUACUUACUUCCCAUCGUCUCUUUCGUUAUCGCCUGGCUAGAAACUUGGUUCCUGGAUUUUAAAGUCUUAUCUCAGGAGGCGGAAGAGGAACGAUGGUACUUGGCAGCGCAGGCCGCAGCCUCCCGCGGCCCUCUGCUCUAUUCCGGAGCCCUUUCUGACGGGCAGUUCUAUUCCCCUCCGGAGUCCUUUGCAGGAUCAGAUAAUGAGUCUGAUGAAGAUGAUAUGGGGAGGAAAGCGUUGACAGCCCAGGAGAAGGAAUAUGUCCAGCAAGGCAAAGAAGCAAUGGAGGUUGUGGAUCAAAUCCUAGCCCAGGAGGAAAACUGGAAAUUCGAAAAAAACAAUGAGUUUGGCGAUGUUGUUUACACCAUUGAAAUUCCUUUCCAUGGCAAGACCUUUAUUUUAAAGUCCUUUUCUCAGGCCUUCAUGCAGUGUUCUGCUGAAACAGUCUACCAGGAGGUGAUUCUCCAACCUGAGAGGAUGAUCCUGUGGAAUAAAACAGUGGCAGCUUGCCAGAUCUUACAGCGGGUUGAAGAUAACACCAUUGUCUCGUACGACAUUGCAGCAGGGGCUGCAGGUGGUGUAGUGUCACCCAGGGACUUUGUAAACGUGCGUCGCAUUGAAAGAAGACGAGACCGCUAUAUUUCCUCAGGGAUGUCAACCACUCACGGUUUGAAGCCUCCGCUGUCCAAAUACGUCAGGGGCGAGAACGGGCCAGGAGGCUUCAUUGUACUGAAAUGUGCCAGCAAUCCCAAAGUGUGCACCUUCCUCUGGAUCCUCAACACGGACCUCAAGGGUCGGCUUCCCCGUUACCUGAUCCAUCAAAGCCUGGCAGCUACCAUGUUCGAGUUUGCAUUCCACCUGCGGCAGCGGGUCAGCGAGGUGUCGGGCAGGCCUUGAGCAGCAGCUCAUGACCCUCCACGGGACAUCCCUUUGCCCUCUCUCCUUAACACAGAGUGGGGAACAACUUCCAAGAAGCCGGAGCGAGCCUGCCGCGGAGCUGCCUGCGCUUGGAAUGCAGACCUCUUCCCUCCCCGCAGGGAGGGCUGCACCAGACCAUGUACCAGGGAGGUGGCUAUCACUGCAACAAUGCUAACUGGAGCAACCUUUGCAGGAAUGCAGAAAGGGGGGUGGAUGCCUUGAGAGGCCCGAGGGAUGCCUCGGUCCCUCCCCACUCCCGCAGAUCCCUUUCUCUUCACCCCUCCAAUCAAGGAUCAAACUAACUGAGCAGCUCUGGGAAUCAGUGGAGACUUUUGUGAUUUAAACGUGUGCCAAACCCCUUUAUUGAUCACUUUGUUUUCCCUCGCCAUACCCAGCGGAGGUGGCAGUUUCUGGCUGGAUAAUCCCACCACUGCCCCAAUAUGUCUCCUGUCCUUUUUUAAAAAAUUUCUGAUAAUGGUGUAUGACUUUCAUUGGUCUGGAGCUCCUGUAUUUACCUAAAUGCCUUGUGGAGGAGAGGGAAGGGCAGGGCCAGGCAUCCCUAUUCAUUUUGCUGCUGGAGAAUGGUUAAAGUGGGAAAUGGAGGAACUCUCGGCACCAGGUGCAUGUGACAGCCUCUGCUUCUGAUCUGCUGACAGUCAUUGCUUUACAUGGCAUGACUGGUAGCUCACACCCUGUGGGCACUUGGCUACCCCUUGUCAUUCCUCAGCUGCCAGGGAGCACACUGAUAAAGGUGUUGCCAGGCAGUGGCGGAUUAGUUUAGGCACGUGUGGUCCACAAAAGGCUGUGAAAUAUACCCAGGGCAGAGUCUCUGCAAGUCUAGAAUAGCUCUGCAGCCCCAGCUGUGGGCAUAUCUGGAUCUCUGAUGUGACUGGGCCCAGGGAAGGGCACCCUGGUAAAAAAAACUAUUCAAAUAACCACUUCCCCAUUUCUUAGUUGGCUCCAGCUCGCGAAGAUCUUUCCCUGUUGAGAAUUCGUGUCCACCACAAGCUCUGGCGAAGGGCCUCCAACCAGUGGAGCCUUGCCAGGCUUGUUCCAUUGCCAUAGUUCGCUGACGUAGCAGCCGUGGCGUCUGUGGGUGGGAUGCUGGGGAGGAAACGGUUUUAAACUCGGAGAAGGAUUGCCUGAUUCUAGGAAACCUUUCAGUCCGGGAACGAGCGACCUUGGCAAGUCCCUUUUGGCUGCGUAGGGCAGUCAAAGGAAGGCGAUGGCUACUGGCCUCUGAGGCUGUGACCCCAUUUUCAUAACGAAGUGAAGUAGUCCCCUGCUCUGGGGAUAGACUAAUACUUGUGAGGGGGGAUGAUACAGCCUUGGGGGGGUGGGGGGGUAAAGAAGAAAUACUAACCUCUGCUUGUUCACUAGUUUCGGCGGGGCCUGUAAAAAUCAAUCUCCAUCCUGUUCGUUCAGCUUCUUUAAAUCUGAAAACACCGUUAACUCGCUCCCCUAACCCCGAUUCCCCCGCGCCACGCACGCCAGGACGUGAGGCUUUUGAGCGAUCGCCUCGACAUGAAGCAUCUUUUGGGGACCUUGUGCACCCCCGCCCCGGAGACUGUGCAGCGAGUUCCAGGGGGUUUGUGGUUCUUCCACGGUGGGGUGGGGGCUCCUCUUGAGCCUGGUUAGAAAGCCUGUCGCUCUAAUAACCUGCUGCCUUCCGCCUGGAACCUUUGUACCUUCGUCAAAUAAAAACCUACAACAGAGAA